UUCUUUCCGAGGGGCGCUCAGGAGACGCCGUCGGGUGUUUCGCAUCUGCGCGCAGUCUGCGAAAGCGAAAGCGAUGUGAGGGACGGUCCUUCGACGACAUUUCUGCUCUUACUGAUCUAAAACCAAAAUAUACCCAAAUAACUUAUCAUUUAAACUAUUGUAACACAGAAAUAACAAAGUUGCAAAAUGCAGGGCGGUACAAUCAGCGAUUCUGGCUCGAAAGGACUCAAGAUGGGGACGACCAUCAUCGCCAUCGAAUUUGAGGGCGGAGUGGUGUUAGGGUCUGACUCCAGGGUCUCAGCUGGGGAGUCUGUGGUGAACAAGGUGAUGAACAAGCUCUCUCCCCUCCACGACAAGAUCUACUGCGCUCUCUCGGGCUCCGCUGCCGACGCCCAGACUAUCGCGGAGAUCGUCAACUACCAGCUGGAGGUGCACAGUGUAGAGGUGGGACAGGACCCUCUGGUUCGCUCGGCUGCCACGUUAGUGAGGAACAUCUCCUAUAAGUACAAGGAGGAGCUGUCUGCACAUCUGAUCGUCGCAGGCUGGGACAGGCGACAGGGAGGACAGGUGUUUGCCACUCUAAACGGGCUCUUGUCCCGGCAGCCCUUUGCAGUGGGCGGCUCCGGAAGUUUCUACAUCUACGGGUUUGUCGACGCAGAGUACAAGCCAGGCAUGAGCAAGGAGGAGUCCCAGCAGUUUGUCAUCAACACUCUCGCCCUAGCCAUGAAGAGAGAUGGGUCAAGUGGGGGCGUGGCCUACCUCGUUACGAUUGACAGCAAAGGGGUCGAGGAGAAGUGCAUCCUGGGAAGUCAGCUCCCAACAUUCCAUGACCCUGAUGCAUAGGAGAACACUGGAAUGGAGGCAUCUCAUUUCAUGCAGUGAAACUACGUCUGGAAGUGGCAUUCAUGAAUGUGAUUUUAUAUACAUUCAAAUUUUGAAUUCAGUCCCUUUCACAUUUGUACAUGUUUGCUUGCCAAUAAGAAAGUAGUUCCUCUGUUACUAUUAUUGACAUACUGUGAAGUAAACAAGUGAAUAACAUGCCCAUGGAGAUCAUUACACUAUGCUAAGGCCCAGCCACACUAAGAGCUGUACCUAUAAUGCUAACAGUGUGACAUUGCUAGACGAUAACAUUCCGUAAAUAAUCUGCCAUUUUGCACGUGACACCCUGUAAAUUCAGUUGGAUGUUGAUUGUCUCUCAGUGUUUUAUUGUUCAUGCAGCUGGAAAAAUCAUUCUUCACUGUCGUUGUCGUUAUAGUUGGUGUGGACUCCACUUGAAUCCACAAUCAAUUUUUUAAACAACGUAUUUAUAGUUAUCGUUAUAGUUAUCCUUAUAGUGUGGAUGGGCCUUUCAGGAGUAAACAUAUCCCAGAUAUUCUCAUCAACAGUUGCACUGUUAUUUGGAGUGAUGACACUGACAUUAAUAGAGACUUCAAAUUAAAAAAUGUGUUUGUCUUCUCA